AACGUGAUCAACAGAAAGAUGCAAGCACCAUCUGCUGUCUCCGCUCUGCUGGCUUUUGUGAUUUUUGCAGUGUUGGCAGCGCAAACAACUAAAGCCGACAACUGUACAGAAAAGUUGGUGGCCGACAUCUACAUCCUGUUAGACGGAUCUAGCAGUAUCAACUCCGUUGGCUGGGGACGGUGCAAGACGUUUGUCAGCAAUCUGAUUAAAGAGUUCCCAGUGGGACCGUUCAAUGUCCAGUUUGCCAUUGGGACAUUCAGCACUGAAUUCAAGCACCUUGCUGACCUCAACAAAUUUUACGAUAAAGAUCAACUCUCCCAGUUUAUACUGAACACAACCCAGCUGCAAGGAGUCACAUAUACGUUCGACGCACUGAGAGCUAUUCGUGAGCAGGGUUACCUCAGUUUGCCAUCAAAAGGUUCCCGUCCAGGAGAAACCAGGAUCCUUGUCGUUCUUACGGACGGCAACUCGGACAACAUCACCAAAACCAUCCAGGAAUCGGACGCACUCAGGCGGGAGCAAGGGAUCCGGAUCAUUGUUAUCAGCGUGGGCCUGGUCAACCAAGUGGAGUGUAUCGGUAUCGCGGGUUCUGAGAAGAAUGUCUUCAGCGUGACCGCCUUUGGUGGCCUUGAAGCUAUCAGAAGCCAGAUCACUCUAAGAGUCUGCUACGAACCAGAACCAGAGCCAGAACCAUGUCCAAGCAAUGUUCAGAUUGACCUAAUCUAUAUCAUCGACUCCUCUGGAAGUAUCGGGCUGGAGAACUACAAGAAGAACUUCCAGUUUGUCGUGAGGAGCAUUCGGGCCUUCACGCUGGGACCUCAGGCCACACGAGUGGGAGUGAUCACCUUUGGGACUAGCCCUAGAGUUUUGUUUGCUUUGACUGACGACGAUGUACUUAUCUACGAGAAACUAGUGAACGCCACCUACCAGAACAGCACCACCAACACACACUUGGCGCUCCUUAAAGCUGUGGAACUCUUCAGCGUUGAAAAUGGCGGACGAGAAGGUGCCAAAAAAGCUGCGAUUGUUGUGUCUGACGGUCUGUCUACGGAUCCCGGUGAAACCCUGAAAGCUGCUUCUGUGAUGCGAGGCCUGCAGAUUGCGGUGUUCACUCUGGGAGUCGGCUCGCAGGCGGACGAGGAUGAGCUAGUAGCUGUGGCCACGAAGCCAGAGAAUGCCUUCACAGUUGCCAACUACAGUGCCCUCAUCUCGCUGGCCAUCCCCGUGUCAAGCAGCGUCUGCACAGAACCAAUUCCUCCACCAACAGUGAAGCCCUGUCCCCCAGCCACCAUUGUGGACAUCUUUUUUGUGGUGGACUCCUCGGGAAGCAUCCCUGUCGAGCACUACCAGAACAACUUCAAGUUCAUCCAGGCCAUCGUCGAUGCCUACUACGUGGCUGAAGACGGCGCCAAAGUGGCCAUGCUGACCUAUGGAACAUCUGUGAGGCCAAAGUUCAAACUGUCCGCGGACCCAGUCUUCAUACGUUCACAACUACAGAACGUGACCUACCAGGGCAGUACUACCAACACCCACCUGGCCAUAGCCUAUAUCGUGGACAAUGCCUGGAACAGUCCAGCAAACGGCGCCAGAAACAAGAGCCACGUCAUUAUUCUUUUCUCUUCUGACUCCUUGCCUUCUUCUACAAAUCGAACCGAAACCCUGAAUCAGGCAAACAGAGUCAAGCAGUUGGGUUUCAUCAUCAUUGUUGUGGCAGUUGGUCCAUAUGUAGACCGGAACGAAACUACCGCCGUGGCCUCCAAGCCCGACUACGUCAUCUCGGUCAACGACUACACCGUGUUAGACUACAUCGCCAGCAAGACUUCAGAGAUAGCCUGCAACAACGAACCAAAAUAA